UGCCAUUAAUUUUAAUUGUAAUAAAGUGCACGGACGGUCUCCAUUUAUAAUCUGUCUCAUCCAUCCGGACUCCCGCCCGUAAAGACACCAACCCACCUCUCGAUCCAGGUCCAGGGACGCCGCUACCCGCCGCCCUCCCUGCACCCACGCCACGCCACGCCAUGCCGACGCUGGGCAUCGCGCCGCUGCUGGACGCCUACUUCCGGCGCCGCUUCGCCGCGGCGGGGCUCGUCGAGGCCACCGUCCCGCUGGACGGCGGCGCCACCACGGUCCACUGCUGGCGCUUCCCGCCGGGGCCGGGCGCCGCCGCCGACGGCGAGGGCGACGCGCGCCCCGUCCUGGUGCUCCUGCACGGCUUCGGCCCCCCGGCGACGUGGCAGUGGCGGCGCCAGGUGGGCCCGCUCUCGCGCCGGUUCCGACUCAUCGUGCCAGACCUCCUCUUCUUCGGCGGCUCGUCCACCACGUCGUCGGCCGCGCCCGGCGCCGGGCGGGUCUCCGAGGCGCAGCAGGCGGAGGCGGUGGCGAAGCUCGUGGCGGCCGUAGUGGCGGGGGCGCCGGCGCGCGUGUCGGUGGCCGGCACCAGCUACGGCGGGUUCGUGGCGUACCACGUGGCGCGGCUGCUGGGCCCCGCCGUGGUGGAGCGCGUGGUGAUCGCCAGCUCCGACCUGCUCAAGGCCGCCGACGACGACCGCGCCCUCCUCCGCCGCGGCGGCGCCGAGCGCGUCGAGGACGUCAUGCUGCCGCGCUCCCCGGAGCAGAUGCGGCGACUGCUGCAGCUCGCCUAUCACCGCCCGCGUCGCUUCACGCCGGGCUUCGUCCUCCGCGACUUCGUCCAGUAUCUGUACAGCGACAAAGUUGAAGAGAAGAAGGAGCUAAUCAAGGGGAUAACACUGGGUAACAAAGACAAAUUCCAGCUUACACCUCUCCCCCAGGACGAAGUUCUUGUGUUAUGGGGAGAGCAUGAUCAAAUAUUCCCUGUCGAGAAGGCAUUUGAAGUCGCAAGGAAACUUGGAGCAAAUGCUAGGUUGGAGGUCCUCAAGGACACCGGCCACAUGCCUCAGGAAGAGGAUCCAAAGCGGUUCAAUGAGGCAAUCCUGAACUUCUUGCUUCCAGCUCCAAAGUCCUCUUUGCAAUCGUAACGCGAUGUGAAUAGUUAUUCAGGCCCAAGGAUCACUGGGACAGUUCAUAAUUUAAGAUAAGAUGCAUUCUGCCUGAUUAAUGCAAUUAUUUGUUGGUUUGAGACUUCCAAGGUUGAUGAAAUCGGAAAUUAAAUAUGCUAUGGUGAUUGCUAUUUAUCCGUCAACAGUUUUCUUCCCCACUGAAUGCUUGCAUGUGUCAUUUCUUAUGCUAUUCAGCAUGUUCCUGUU